GUGGAGUUCGUGUUUGACGGGUCGUAAUAAAAGCAUGCAAUACUCGACUACACUCUACUAAACGUCUCUCCACCAUGUCGCGCCCCUUUCCUUACACAUACAUCUCCUGUCCCUGCGCCAACACCCCCGUCCCCGAUCCGUCUAAGAAACGCCGGUCUCGCGAGUCACCGCAGAAGGCCAGCAGCCACUACGACCCCGACCAGCCCAACCCUCCGCCGCGCUUCGACGACAGCGAGGACGAACAGACUUUCGAUCCUCGGGCACCUCGAUCCAACUUCUCUCUCUAUCCCCCCGAACAUUUACUCUACUGCGAGGACUGCCAUCAGAUCAAGUGUCCGCGAUGCAUUACAGAGGAGAUUGUGUGCUGGUAUUGUCCGAACUGCCUGUUCGAGACUCCGAGCAGUAUGGUGAAGAGUGAGGGGAACCGAUGUGCACGCAACUGCUUCAAUUGCCCUGCCUGCACGGCACCGCUGGCGGUCAACACCCUCGAGAAUGUCGUCCAGGGAGGCACCAGUCAACAAGGGCCCUGGGUUCUGUCAUGCGGAUACUGCUUUUGGUCGACGCUCGAUAUCGGCAUCAAAUUCGACAAACCGACCAACAUUCGCACACAAUUGGCCAAGCUCACCGCAACCGACGCGAACGGGUCUCGUUCGAGGCAGAUGUCGCGCACAUUCGGAGACCUCAAGUCUCCCCUAUCCACCUUCUCCUCCAUUAACGAGCAGUUCCAUCCCUCUUCCGGUGAACCGCGAGCCGAAGAAUCGCCCGACCAGCCAAGCGCCCCUCUUAACCCAGACGCCCGCUUUCAUGCGCUGAAGAACUUCUACAAGAACCAGAUCUCGGCCACCUCGUCCUUCUCCUCGCCCAGCGAUCCGCUAGGCGUGGGUGUGGACUUCGGGGGCCCUAUUUCCUCCCCGAGGGCCAUCGAUCGCAUCAUGUCACUGUAUGCCUCCUCAUCCCGUCUCAACAGCCUCUACAGCAAGAAACCCAAAACGAAGCCUCCAGUGAUGCGCGAGGCUCUCACCGUGAACGAAGGGCUCAAGAUCCCAACCCCGGACGCCGAAAGCAUGCGCAUCCAACGAAUGGCGGUGGAUGAAUGUGGCUGGGACGGACUCGCCUCCCUCGAGCAGCGCGGCUUCCAGUCCCCAGACGCGCGGUUCGUGGAAGAGCUCCUACCGCUGGCGACGCUGCUGCGCACCAAGCGCGCCAAACGAUGCAAGUCGUGCAAGCACAUCCUUGUCAAACCUGAGACGAAGCCGUCAUCCACCCGAUUCCGCAUCCGGCUGAUCGCCCUCAGCUACAUCCCGUUACCGACGCUCCGGCCGUUGAUGCCCGGGCCCCCAGUCCCGGCGCCCGCGGCCGCGGUUGUGACCAGUCACAACACCAACCUCAACCUCAACCUCGACGCCCUGCCCCCGCUGAAACCGACGCAACUGCUCCUAACCUUGAAAAAUCACAUGUUCGACCCGGUCCGCAUUACCCUGGCCACUCCGUCCGUGACGCCGGGCCGCGUGGCCUCGAAGGUCACCAUUCUCUGUCCGCAGUUCGACAUCGGCGCCAACAGCGACAUGUGGGACGAGGCGCUGCAGGGCAGCAGCAACAACAACAACAACAACAACAACAGCACGAGUAACACCGGCGGCAGUGCCGCGACGGACCAACGCUCCUCCCGCUCCGGUGCCGCUGCGACCACGGCGACCAGUAACCUCGGGAUCUACGAAAAGGUCGCCGAAGCCGGCAAAGUGUGGGACAAGGGCCGUAACUGGACCACCGUGGUGCUGGAGGUCGUACCGGGGACUUUGCCGUCCGGUAAUGGUGGUGGUGGUAGUAGUAGUAGUGUAACCCUGCAAUCCAGGAAUCAGACGCCCGUCCAGGGUUCCUCCAAAAAGGAUACCGAUGACGAUGACGCCAGCGACAGUGACAGCGAUACCAGCAGUUUCGGGGCCGGCAAAGUCCCGGACUGGACGGGCCAGGCCGCGGAGAAGCAGCAGCAACAACAAGCCUCUCAAGAGCAGCCGCUUCAACCUGACGAGGACGUCCUCGAGAUCCCGGUCUUCGUGCGCAUGGAGUGGGACUCGGAGAACCAGAUCGAUCGUCCCGGUCAAGGGGCUGCGGGCGAUAUCGUGAAGAGGGAGUUGGCGUAUUGGAUGGUGCUUGGGGUGGGGAGGAUUGAUCCGAGUGUGUUGGGCUGAUGGAGUCAUUAGUCUGUGUGUCCAUACAUUCGGGGUUGUUCCCCCAUAAGCAUAGAGAUACGUAUGGUUAUGGAGUUGUUGCAUGAUAUGAUGAUAUGAGGUGUGGGGCUGUUCGAUAUAUCCAGGAACAUCAAGACGCAGACUCGUUGAACAGCCGCGUAGCAGCACGGAGGUUGUAUAUAUCUCGGGGAGC